ACGGAUCACCAAUCCACAGAAAGAGCUGAAGAUGUCGGCUUGGUCUUGUGAUAAGUUGUGUCCAAUCACAGCUGAUCACAUCUCGAGUGGAGAGGAGAGCCGGUAAUCGGCAUUCCGCAGAGGGGACAUCUACACUGAUCAUCAGGGCACUGAUGAUCAGUGUGCCCUGAUGAUCAGUGUAGCCCCAGCAGUGCCACCUGUCAGUGUCCAUUAGUGCCAGCUGUCAGUGCUCAUCAGUGCCACAUCAAUGCCACAUAUCAGUGCCUACCAGUGCACAUCAAUGCCACAUAUCAGUGCCCAUCUUAGCUGCCUUUCAGUGUCACCCAUCAGUGCUAGUCAGUGCCACCUAUCAAUGUCAAUCAGUGCCACCUAUCAGUGCUGCCAAUCAGUGCCACCUAUCAGUGCCACCUAUCAGUGCCCUGCCAGUCAGUGCCACCCAUCAGUGCCAGUCAGUGCCGCCUAUCAGUGCCGCCUAUCAGUGCUGCCUUUCAGUGCUCUUCAGUGAUGCCUGUCAAUGCCCAUCAGUGCCACCUACCAGUGUCACCUACCAGUGCCUCCUCAUCAGUGCCACCUAUCAGUGUCCCUAUCAGUGCAGCCUAUCAGUUCCCAUCACUGCAGCCUCAUUAG